AUGGAAUCUCAUUCCCGCUUUCCAUAUGCUUCGUCGAACCGGGAGCGCGUGCGCUCUAUGGUGGAAAAGACCGUUCAGAUCGACUCUCUCCGGCAAUGCGUCCUAUCUGUGUGCAGCAGAAACUACAGUGUUUCUGUCACUGGUGGCAAGACAUCGAUUCACACGUCGGAAUCAGGCUAUGGGAAGAUGUACCUGUUUCACGUCCACGCUGACACUAUCUCUGACCCAGAGCACGUGUACUGCUGGAAACCAGGCUACGGAGCUUCCACCGGCAUCGAGCCGGUGGACAUUCCCCCGGGCGGGAAGAUGUGGACCAACGCCACUGAGUUUUCUAUUUGUUCCAAGUUCUGGGAUGUUGGCAUCAACCUUUUUGAAACCUUCGUGAUGAAUGACUCAGAUGCAAGUAACGAUACUGUGGGUGGUAAUGUUCUCGCCCCGCAGGUUUUUGUCAAGCUUAACUGGAGCUUUAUUGCCCUGCUUACUGGCCCUCUGGCUGCCGGUAUUGUCUUCCUAUUUCUACGAUUCUGA